GGGCGAGCGGGCAGGAUGGCGGCGGCUCCGGCUGCUCCGGCGACGGGCUCCGGGCGGCGGGCUCCGGGCGCGGCGUCGGGGGGCUCGUCCGCCCUGCGCGCCCUGGCGCCCGCCUCGCUGCUGCUGCUGCCGGCCGAGGCCGAAACCCGGCAGCGCCUCCUGCGCGCCGUCAAGAAGGAGGUAAAACAAAUAAUGGAGGAAGCUGUCACAAGGAAGUUUGUGCAUGAGGACAGCAGCCAUAUCAUUUCUUUCUGUGCCGCGGUCGAAGCCUGCGUCCUUCACGGACUCAAGCGCCGGGCAGCCGGUUUCCUGCGGAGCAACAAGAUGGCCGCCCUGUUUAUGAAGGUGGGCAAGAGUUUCCCGCCGGCCGAGGAGGUUUCCCGGAAAGUGCAGGACCUGGAGCAGCUCAUCGAGAGCACGAGGAACCAAGGCUCCAGCUUGCAGGAAAGCGCUCGCAAAACUCCAAAGCCCCCCAGCCUCUCCCCACAAGCCGUCAAGCACCUCUGGAUCCGGACGGCGCUUUUUGAGAAAGUCCUGGACAAAAUCGUGCACUACCUGGUGGAAAACAGCAGCAAAUACUACGAGAAGGAGGCCUUACUCAUGGAUCCAGUGGAUGGACCAAUCCUGGCCUCUUUGCUGGUGGGUCCUUGUGCCCUGGAGUACACUAAGAUGAAGACGGCUGAUCACUUCUGGACCGAUCCUUCAGCAGACGAGUUGGUCCAAAGGCACCGGAUCCACAGCUCCCACUGCUGGCAAGAUUCGCCCACCAAGCGCCCUGCGCUCUGCAUCCAGAAAAGGCACUCCAGCGGCAGCAUGGAUGACCGGCCCACCUUGUCCGCCAGGGAUUACGUCGAGUCGCUGCACCAGAACUCCAGGGCCACCCUCCUCUACGGCAAAAACAACGUCUUGGUGCAGCCGCGAGACGACAUGGAAGCCAUUCCGGGCUAUUUAUCGCUCCACCAGACGGCCGACGUCAUGGCGCUGAAGUGGACCCCAAACCAGCUGAUGAACGGCUCCGUGGGCGACCUGGACUACGAGAAAAGCGUUUACUGGGACUACGCCAUGACCAUCCGCCUGGAAGAGAUUGUCUACCUUCACUGCCACCAGCAUGUAGACAGCGGGGGCACCGUUGUCCUGGUCAGCCAGGAUGGCAUCCAGCGCCCUCCCCUGAGGUUCCCGAAGGGAGGGCAUCUGCUUCAGUUCCUCUCCUGCCUGGAGAACGGCCUGCUGCCCCACGGCCAGCUGGAUCCCCCUCUCUGGUCGCAAAGGGGGAAGGGGAAAGUCUUCCCGAGGCUGAAGAAGCGCAACCUGCAGGGGCCCCCGGAGUCUUCCUCGGACAGGGAGGAAGAGGAGGCCACGGAUUACGUCUUCCGGAUCCUCUAUCCAGGCAUCCAAGAUUUCGCGGUGGUUAACGGCUCUUGCCUUGCCCCCACCUCUGCCAACGCUGGUGCUUCUGGGCAAGAGGCGACUUGGAUGGCCCGGAUCCAUGGCAAAGUCGUGGUGAUCCCCAAAUGGCCCCUGAGUCUUCCUGGGGGGCCCCUUCCUUCCCCCACCAGCUCGGAGUCCAGGCAGCGCUCUUCCCCCCAGGACCUGAUGGACGCGCCGGGGGGCGCCCUCCCUUCCAUGUGGCAGCCGAGUACCCGCAAGGCCUCCUGCCCUUCCUGCACCCAGGGGGCAUCCAGUGAGAACGGCCUGCCGAACGGCUGCAACCACGAAAGAGCCCCCCUGAAGCUCCUGUGUGACAACAUGAAGUACCAAAUCGUCUCUCGGGCGUUUUACGGCUGGCUGGCCUACUGCCGACACCUUUCCACCGUCCGGACGCACCUCUCGGCACUGGUCAACCAUGCCAUUGUGUCUCCCAAGGUGCCCUGCGAUGCCAGCUCGGGGCUGACGGUGGAGAUCUGGGAGAGGUUCCUCCAGGACGGCACGAGCUACGAGGAGAAGGAGCUGCUUCGGCUGGUCUACUUCGGAGGAAUCCAGCAUGAGAUCCGGAAGUCCGUCUGGCCCUUCCUGCUGGGACAUUACCAGUUUGGGAUGCUGGAAGCCGAGAGGAAAGAGGUGGACCUGCAGACCCGCGCCCACUACGAGCAAACCAUGGCUGAGUGGCUGGGCUGCGAGGCCAUCGUCCGGCAGCGGGAGAAGGAGUCCCACGCAGCGGCCCUGGCCAAGUGCUCCUCGGGGGCCAGCCUGGACUCCCACGUGGGGCCCCUGAGGCACCGCGACUCCACCGUCAGCAACGGCUCUUCCCAGAGUAGCAGUUUUGGCCCCCAGAACCUCAGCCGGCUACAGAGCGACUCCAGCGGCAGCACCCAGGUGUUUGAAUCGGUGGAGGAGCUGGAGCAGACGGAAGCCGAGUUGAAGCUGGAGGCCGGCAGGCGAGCGGCUCUCCCCAACGGUGGGGUCCCUGAGGCUGGGCCCUGCUCCCCCGACUCCGGCCACCCUUCCUCCCAGAACUUCUCCGUCACCUCGGCCUAUUCGGAGCAGAGCUUCAGCACGGAAGAGAGCUGGCCGGAGGCGGGCAAGGCGGGGGCAGCCCAGGCCGCUGGGGAAGGGCCCCCGCCUGCCAUGGACGGCAAGGGAGAGGCGGAAGGGCCCCAGGGGGAGGACUCUGUCGCCAGCACCCUGGAUGCCUUGGCCGGGGUGGGCCAGGAGCUGCCCGCGGAAGAGGAGGGGGCCCCCUCCGUGGCUGACCACUGGGCCCUCCCCAGUGCAGAGCAGCCGAGUUCCAUGGGGAGCGAAGACGACCUGUCGGAAGAGCCCGAGAUGGAGAGCCUCUUCCCGACCCUGGAUUCGCACUCGCUGGCCGUCACCGACCUCACCCUGAGCGAAGUCUCCCCCGUCUCUUCCUCGGGGGUGGCCUACUCGCCGGAGCUGCUGGACCUCUACACGGUCAACCUGCACCGCAUUGAGAAGGACGUCCAGAGGUGUGACCGGAACUACUGGUACUUCUCCCCGGUCAACCUGGAGAAGCUGCGGAACGUCAUGUGCAGCUACAUCUGGCACCAUAUUGACGUGGGCUACGUCCAGGGAAUGUGCGACUUGCUGGCUCCGCUGCUGGUCAUCCUGGAUGAGGAAGCCCUGGCCUUCAGCUGCUUCACAGAGCUGAUGAAGAGAAUGAACCAGAACUUCCCCCAUGGAGGAGCCAUGGACACCCACUUUGCCAACAUGCGGUCCCUCAUCCAGAUCCUGGACUCGGAGCUCUUCGAACUGAUGCACCAAAACGGGGAUUACACCCAUUUCUACUUCUGCUAUCGCUGGUUCCUCUUGGAUUUCAAGCGAGAGCUGGUCUACGAGGAUGUCUUCACCGUCUGGGAGACCAUCUGGGCGGCAUCUCAGGUGUCCUCGCCUUGCUACGGCCUCUUCAUCGCCCUGGCCCUGGUGGAGGUGUAUCGGGACAUCAUUCUGGAGAACAACAUGGACUUCACGGACAUCAUCAAGUUCUUCAAUGAAAUGGCCGAGCGGCACAACACGAAGCAGGUCCUCCAACUGGCCCGGGAACUCGUCUCCAAAGUCCAGACGCUGAUUGAGAACAAGUGAUUGGGAAGCUCCCUGCCACCCUGGCCUUCCUGCCCUUGGAGGAUGGAUGACGCUGAGGGUCCCGGGAGGGUCCGUCCUGGGCUCCGACCCCCUGGAGAGGCAGCAGAGGAGAACCUGGCCUCGCCCAUCUGCCCAGCAGCCGCUCCUUCUGACACUUAACCAAAGAACUCCGACCCCCCCCUCCCUCCCCCGUCUUGGCCAGGCGGGCAUUUGACCUGGGCCAGAGUGGGAGAUGGGGGCCUUGGCAAAGGUGGCAGGAACAGGCCAGUCCUUAGUUCCCCCCUCUCUUCAGAUCUUCCUGCCGUGCGUGUGGGUUGGGGGCGUGCGGCUUCCUCCCCAGAUCUUGUCCCACCGCACUGGAGGACCCGGGCUGACGCUUGACCUCCUCCGCCCUCUGGAUUGGGCUGCCCUUUGGGGCCAUCUCUGCCCUGGAGCUCUUCUGGGCAGCCUCCUCCGUCCGCAGGCCUUGGUGCCAAAUCCCUGCUGCCAUAUGGACUGAUGGGCGUCUGCUUUCAUGAGGAUGGACUGGGCUCCCUGUGCUGCUUCUGCUUGUGACCUCUCGUCCUCCCCUGCUCUGAGGGGGGCCGCCUGCCCUGGCGCCUUCCCCCUUUUCCUGGAGGGAAGCCCUUCUCCAUCCUUUCAGUCUUUGGCUGCCGUGGGAUCGUGUCCAUCAGCGUCCUCCACUCCGUCUCUGGGGGGCCCCGUCAGCCGCCUUCUGAAGCAGGCGAAGAGGGCAGCCCUGCCUUGUCUUCCUCCAGAAUCGCCCCUCAGCAGGGACCUCGGCUUCUCGGGGAGGGAGGGAGGGAGGCUUGGUGGUUUGAUUCCUUUAAACUCAGGUGUUUUUCAAGAGGAGCAAAAUGGGGUUUUGUUACCUGUCAAAACCUGCCAGGAAAAAGCCUCCCUUUGGGCUAAGCCAGUCCCCUUGUUUUUGCUGUGAAAAUGCUUUCCUGCAAGCCGGAAGCCCUUUAGCCAUAGCUGUUCCCCGCUUUCUUCCUUUGGACCCCUAAACAGUGCUGCAGUUCCUCUGUGGGCUUCUAAUCUCCCCAUUCCGUUUUGGAGAGGGAAAAGUAACAAAAAGAGCAACUCCUAAAAGCUUCUGUCCGUCUCUGUUGGCUUGUCUGUGUAUGUGUUUGUGCAUUUCUGGUACAUAUAGAUAUAUAUAUGUGUGUGUAUAUUUAACGUAUGUAUGUAUAUUUAACAUAAGCAGAACAUUCUGCCUUUGCUGGACUUCAGAGAGGUCUGCAAUUAUGGCUCCUUUCUAUAGCUGCUAUUUCUACGGUCACUUCAAACAUUGGAAUGGCCUCCUCCUCCUCCUGCAAAUCCCAGGGAAAUUUAGUUCAGGAAAUGGAAGUGGCUGACUUCCAAACUGCAUUGCCCAGGGAGGAAGGACCCUUGGCAGAAACGUUAUCCUAGGUAACCCCUUUAGGUAAGGAGGAAGGUGAUACUGCUGGGAGGAGCAGGAGGCAAAUUGAACUCCCUUUGCACUGCCACAAGCUUUCUCAGUACUUGCUUCUUGUGGUCCUGAGAAUAGCAAGGCCGUCUCUGUGUGGAGGGGCAGCCUGGGCAGAGUUCUUGGUGAAAACGCAAGGAAGCUACUGCCCAGGAAGCCUGGUCCAUUCUUGGCAAUCUUUUACAGAAAAGGGGGCAUUUAGAGACCAAGGUUCCUGGGUUUUUGAAACCCAACUCAUUUUUUAAAGAGUUUUCUCUGGGCUAGAGGUGGGCAAAGUGGAAUGUUGGGUAAUCAGUUGGACACCCAAAAGAUCCAAUGCGUGUGCGAGUGUGUAUGUGUGCAAAUGUGCAUUUUAAUUGUGCUGGGAUAUCGAAUUUUUGAUAUCGCUCUAGUGAUCUUUCUUAAAAGCACAAUCCUGAGUGAGUGAUCUGUUCCUGAAAGAGAAAUCUUGUUGCCUUUUGAACAAGAAAAUUAUGCCAGAUCCCUUCCAUAUAAUGCUUGGGUGGGCACCGUCGGCUCCAUGGGGAUGGGGGCAUUUCAUUCUGGGCACACUGAUGCCGUGGUAGAGACCAGCAGUGACUCUUGGUGACAACUACCCCCCC